UAAUAUCAAGACCAGAUGUCAUAUUUUUGCAGAUUUGAUUAUCGACUAUCGGUCAUAUUGGUAUUUUAAUUAUCUACGAAUUCAGUAAGGUGAAAUAUUAAUUGAAGCGAAAGUUAUUGAGGAAAGAGAGUAUCCCAAUUCCUAACAGACAUUGGUGACACUGAUGCAAAGAUUGUAUUGUUUUUUUUUAGGAGAAUUUGCUGAAUGUUGUUAGUAUUGUAUAAGUAGGAAAGAGUUAGGACAAGUAUUUGCCUGCCUUUCUCUGCCAGGUUGCAGUUUUCUAUAAUUUAGUAUAGAGAAAGCGUGUUCCAGUAUAUUAGAGCUCACUGUCUAUCGAUGAGCAGUGGAGAAUACGUAAUUGCACAUCUUAUUUCAAACGAAAACACAAAUCAACAUUGGCUAUAUCAGACUAAGAAAGGUCUAGGACCUGGGAUAGCCGAUAAAUCGAAGAAAAGAAAACGGAUCAACAGGGACAUUGGAUGUGUACGAUAAUCACAGUCUGCCAGUUUAAUAUAGUUUUCAUAUAAGUUUAUCCAAGUUUUCUUCCGAAAUCAUGGAUUAUCGUUUCCCAGAGUUCAAUUCGAAAGAUGCAAUUCAAACCUGGUUAACAAGCUUGGAGGCGUAUAUUAAUGAACCAGCAGUAAAUAAAUGUGUUCGACAAAUAUCUUAUUUAGCAACCACAAUAACAGAGGAUAAUAAAAUUGCUUGGUUACUAAAGGCAAUAAGUUUCCUUGAUUUAACUACUUUGAAUAACGACGAUACAAGUAGCACCGUAGAACAAUUGUGUGAAAAUGCUGCAAAUCCUAUAAAGGAGCUUCCAUUUCAAUGGAAUAAACCACUUCAUACUGCUGCUGUUUGUGUUUAUCCAUCCAAAAUAAAAGACGCAAUAACUACUUUAAAGAGAUUGAAGAAAAUGAAUGUAAUUAAGGUUGCUAGUGUGGCAGCAGGAUUUCCUUCUGGACUAUUUCCAUUGGAGACUCGAUUGCAGGAAGUUCGUUGUGCAAUAGAGUAUGGAGCACAAGAAAUAGAUGUUGUGAUCGAUCGAUCGUUAGUUUUAAAUCAUCAAUGGAUGAUGCUAUUUCAAGAGUUGAUAUCUAUUCGUGCACUUUGUCCCAAAAAUAACGAAAGGACAGUACGUUUAAAAGUUAUAAUAUCAUCAGGAGAAUUGUUCAAUUUGAAAGAUGUAUAUAAGACAUCUAUGGUAGCUCUAUUUGCUGGCGCUGAUUUCAUCAAAACAUCUACAGGGAAAGAUUCAGUUAAUGCGACUUUGCAAGCGGGAAUUGUUAUGUGUAGAGCGAUAAAAGAGUUUGAAAGACUAGCCGGAAUAAAGACUGGCUUUAAACCUGCCGGAGGAAUUAAGACUGCGCAAGACGCUUUAGAAUGGAUGGUCUUGAUUAAGGAAGAAUUAGGGAAUUCUUGGUUGACAAGCAAUCGUUUCAGAAUCGGUGCAUCAAGUUUAUUGCAAAAUAUUAGUACUGAAAUUAUCAAAACAUAUGAAAACAAGCCAAUUCAACGACCACUGGAAGAUAGUUCUGAAAACCAGACAUCUGAAAGAGAAAAUAAAGCUGAUGAAGACAAUAAAGUUGAAGGAGAUAAUAAAGAUAAAGAAGAUGCAGGAGAUAAAGAUAAAGGAAAAAAUAAAGUUGAAAAUAAAGAGACUUAA